GGAGGAUACACAUGAACAGAAAAAGGACACAAAAAGGGCCUCUUUUCUCUGAAGAAAUAAAACGGAGGUCUUCUCUCUCUCUACAGGUCUCUCUCUCUAAAACAACGGAACGAAGGUGCUCUCUCGCUGCAAAUCACAAGGUCUUACUCUCUUUCUCUCUCUAAAAAAAAGAAACAACUCCGAGUUAAAGGAAGAGACACAGCGAAGAAGUCUGGAGAGAGAAUAAAAGAAAUCAGAGACGGCAUGGUUCUGAUGCGUCCCACGCCACCAAUGCCACUUUCCUAAAAGAGAAGUCCUUGGAUGAACAGAAUGUCAGCAAGCAAUGCCCAGUCUCCAGGGCUGAAGACGUAUUUCAAGACCCCAGAAGGCCGUUACAAGCUCCAAUAUGAGAAAACUCAUCCCUCUGGUCUUCUUCACUACAGUCAUGGCAAAGUUGUAACACAGGUGACGUUUGCCCAACUCAAGGAUAAACCUGUCCCUCAGCCCACUCCAGCUUCCUCAACCUUGAGCAGCACAAGUGGAGUGAGGCUAGCAGCUGCAAGGCUUCUAGGUGGUGGAAAUGGCAGUCGGGCUUUGAGCUUUGUUGGAGGGAAUGGUACAAGCAAAACUGUCAGCGGGAAUAGUAGAAUUGGUUCAUUGGUAGGCCAUGGAGUUUCUGGUUCAACUAACGGUCCCAUUUCUUCAAAUUACGAUGGCAAAGGGACAUAUCUUAUUUUUAAUGUUGGGGAUACACUCUUUGUCAGUGAUUUCAAUUCACAAGAUAAGGAUCCCAUCAAAGCCAUUCAUUUUAGUAAUUCUAAUCCAGUAUGCCAUGCAUUUGAUCCUGAAGCCAAGGAUGGUCAUGAUCUAGUGAUUGGUUUGAGUUCAGGAGAUGUAUAUUCAGUAUCAUUGAGACAACAAUUACAAGAUCUUGGGAAGAAGCUUGUUGGGGCCCAACAUUACAACAAAGAUGGGACACUAAAUAACAGCCGAUGCACUAGCAUUGCGUGGGUGCCAGAAGGGGAUGGUCUUUUCGUGGUUGCUCACGCUGAUGGAAACUUAUACAUUUAUGAAAAAAACAAAGAUGGCACUGGUGAUUCGUCAUUUCCUGUUAUCAAGGAUCCAACUCAGUAUUCUGUUGCGCAUGCUCGGUCCAGUAAGAGCAAUGCCAUUUCCAGAUGGCAUAUUUGCCAAGGUUCAAUAAACAACAUUUCCUUCUCAGUUGAUGGAAUGUUUUUGGCAACUGUUGGAAGAGAUGGCUACUUGAGAGUAUUUGACUACUCAAAGGAGCAACUGAUAUGCGGGGGCAAAAGCUAUUAUGGUGCUUUACUAUGUUGUGCUUGGAGCCCUGAUAGUAAAUACAUAUUGACUGGUGGGGAAGAGGACCUAGUUCAAGUUUGGAGCAUGGAUGAUCGUAAAGUGGUGGCUUGGGGAGAGGGCCAUAAUUCAUGGGUGAGUGGUGUUGCUUUUGAUCCAUUUUGGUCUCCACCAUCUUCAGAUAACACAGGCGAGGGUGUGAUGUACCGAUUUGGCUCUGUUGGUCAGGACACUCAGUUGCUUCUAUGGGACUUGGUGAUGGAUGAAAUUGUUGUCCCGCUACGUCGUUGCCCCCCUGGAGGUUCCCCGACAUUCAGCGGGGGAAGCCCACAUGCCAUCUGGGACAAUGUGAGUCCUGUUGGGACCCUCCAAGCCGCCCCAAGCAUCAGAGACGUACCCAAAUUGUCUCCUGUCGUUGCUCAUCGUGUGCACGCGGAGCCUCUCUCAGGCUUGAUUUUCACUCACGAGUCUGUCCUCACGGUUUGUCGAGAAGGCCAUUUGAAGAUAUGGAUGAGGCCUGGGCAUGCUGAGAACCAAUCGAGUAGUGGCUCUGAAACCCUUCUGGGGGGUUUAAAGGAUAAGCCUAUUCUUACUAACAAGGUUGGGAGCUCUAGCUUGAGGCAAUGAAUAAUGUUUGUGCUGGGGUCAUUUUGUGUGUUGAUAUUGUUUUCACAGAUGGGGUUGGAAUGAAUGAGCAAUCGGUGUAACUUAAUGGCCUCUCGGGGGGCUUUUUCCGAGUGUCGUGUAUAGUUCAUUCAUCAAUCAUUGUAAAUUCUCACUGAUACUCGUGUUGUAUGGGAUUGUCUUUGUUCUGCCCUUCUAUGUUUAUGAGCCUCCUACAAGUGGUGGAGGGGUUUCGCUAGA